AUGUCCCUUGACCGACUUGAAGUCAAAUUGCCACCCUUCGUGCCAUCCGACCCCGAACUCUGGUUUUGCAUGGUCGACCGCAGUUUUGAGGCCUACGGAAUUACGCCCGAAUCAACAAAGUUUGGGUAUGUACUAGGCAACCUUGACCCUCACUAUGCGGCGGAAGUGCGUGAAAUCAUUGUCAAUCCCCCGGCGACUGAACCAUAUGCCACCAUCAGGGCAGCACUCAUUCGUCGGCUGGGCAUCUCCCAAGAAACACGGAUGAAACAACUCCUCGAGCCAGGAGAUUUGGGAGACAGGAAAUCCAUGCAAUUUCUGUGCCAUCUACGCGGUCUGGCCGGAACCACUAUGUCGGACAAUUUACUGCGAACCAUUUGGUCAAGUCGUCUUCCUUUUAAUAUUCAAGCCAUCAUCGCAACUAUGCGCAAUAAGAAUCUGGAUGAAACAGCAGAGGUAGCUGAUUACAUCAUGGAAGCAACGCAAACACAGUUCAUGAUAGCAGCUACAGCCACACCUACUUUCCAGCACCAUACCAUCCAACAACUAGCCAACAUGGUACAUACCCUCCAGAUGGAUCUGAACAACAUGAGACGACACAUGGCAAGAAAAUUGAAGAACCAACACUGUUCAAAUUCACGCAGUUCUCUACCCCGACAGCGUUCCAACCACAAUAUUAGGGCAAAUGGUCAAGGGCAAGGCACACUAGCGCAUCCCACCAUGACGGAUGACAACAGGAAAUUAACCAAGCAACCACGUAUGGCAACGACAAGUGAGGUCCACACAGCGCAGCGUCGCCUAUUUGUAACGGACAGAGCCACAAACCAAAAAUUUCUGGUCGGCACCGGUGCAGAUAUCUGCGUGUAUCCCAAGUCACUAAUACCUGGGCCACGUCAGAAAUCCACAUUCACGCCACAAGCAGCGAAAGGCACCAACAUACCGACCUAUGGCACUAUUAUUCUGUCGCUCAACCUAGGCCUACGAAGAUAUGUAAAUCGAUUUGGUGGUGGACAGUUGAGAGCUGGGGCCAGUGCAAAAAUUACGCAUCAAGGAAUGUCAUUCAGAUUGGGCGAAGAAGGCAACGACGAAGAAGAAGAAGAGUUAUAUCAGCGACAUAGGAAAAAGUAA